CGUAUCACCGCUGUGGUUAUGUAGGCUUAGCGUGGGCAUGUUCAAGCGAGGACCCUGGGGUGAUCUGCUAUCCCAUCUCGUCUACUUCCAAUUCCCUCACCUCCGGUGGCUGAGAUCCGGUUCACAUGUGGAAGCUGAAGGUGUUCGGAUUGGCUGAUCGUUUCUUCUCCACACCUAUUCUUCGCGGCUCACACGCGUCCGCAUCAAGCGAUGGCGCCUCCUUGUAUCUUUCUGCGGUCUAAAGCUCCUUCUAGCUAUUGAGCUCUCCUCGCCUCCUAGAGGUGCGCUCGAUUCGAAGAAACGCUCGAUAACCCGUGCCUCCUUUUCGCUCCGGGGACAAGGCCUGGAACAUCAAUUGACUUAUUAGGGGCCAUCCCCUCAUACUUAAUUCAUCCCCAGGAUAGUUCAUGAGCUUUGGCGCUCUCCUUCAGAUUACAUUACUUCGGUGCUUCUAUUGCUGUCUUCCUUCCGAUUCUGCUCAUAUCGAGCGUGCUGAGACCACCAGCAAUAAUAGCACCAAGAUGGCACCAAUUUCGCUCAGUCCUCCUCCCUCUGAGAACGGUACGGCUCACCCAUCGAGGCUCACUGUGGUCAACGGCAGUCCCAUGCCGCCUACUUUCGAAUUUCCCGACUCCCUCAGAAUGCCCAAGCCGAGCGUACUCCGCGAAUCCAUAACGCAUACCGCUAUCGUCCGUCCACGAUUUGGCCGCUCUACGAGCGUUGCCUUCGAAGGCCAGCGCUCGGUCCACGAAUACCUCCAGUUUCUCAAGAACGAGAGAUUCCGAUAUAUGCCCCAUGACGGCUCCAACUGGGACCGCGUCCUCAGGUGGGCUGAUAAUAUUGGGGGCGUCGUUCUUCUGUCGCACGGCGUUCUGAACGACUUCAUGCUCAACAGUGAGGAUGCUACUCGUCUAGUGUGCGACAGCUGCUUGAAUCUCAUUCAGUUGGGUACCAAACACGUCGAAGUACUUCUGAAGGUCUUCAGUGUGUUCCACAAGAUGGCUUUCGCCCUGUCUGUGUUCCUUCGACAACACCGCCUUAUCAAGUCGACUCCUGAUGUCCGCCGUGAGCUUACGCACGCUUUCCAGAAGUUUGCACAUUUGACAUGCGAUGUCAGGGCCUAUUGCUCUACCAAAUAUUGGGGCACCGCCUCUGCAGAUUUCGCCGACUUUGACGCCUACAUCGCCAUAGGCUCGGCUUCUUUCUACAGCCAUAUCGAAUCGGUUUCUGUCUCCAUGUGGGCGUCCAGCAAGCACUGUGCUCAUUACAAUAUCCACAAGAUUCGUGACUUCCUCUCUCCGCAGGACAGUGUGGUGAAGACCAUCAUGUCAAACCAGCUGUACUCCGGGUUCAAGCGCGCGGAGUUCACAUGCGAAUGGUUCGUACCGCAUCUCAGGAAAUUUACGAGGAAUGGUCAUGGCUCCAAGAAAGUCUUACUCAUCACUGGCGGAGCUUGCACCGGCAAGACGGUCCUUGCACGCUGGAUCUACGAGAAGCUCCAAGAGUCAGUCGACGAUGAUCCGUACGACGUUAUCACGUACUCGGUCGACACGGACGUUAAGUACACUACCAGCCCGCUAUCCCUCAUUAAGAGCUUGUUGAUUCAGUUGCUUGAUCGCAAGAUCGGGCGCGAGGGCCUCCUCUCGCAUGUUCACAAGGCGAUGGAAAUGGCCCAGCGCGGUUCCCCUGCUAGCGAAGUUGAGACUGCGCUUUGGGAUGCUCUUGAAGCCUCUCUCGACGACCACAAGCUUAUGUUUCUCAUCGAUGGCUUGGACCAAUUGUCCGGCGUACGUAUUGGAAAUCCCCCCGCACUGGAAGUACUCGAACGAAUCACGAAAUCGAAGGGCAACGUGAGGGCUAUUAUGUUCAGCCGACUAGUCAGCAAUGCAGCUUUGAAGCACUGUCAAGAGCACAUGGCCCUAGAAGACUAUCAGGAGGCAAAUGGCGAUAUGCAGCACUACAUCGAGGAUUUUGUUCAGCAUCACCCUAAGCUCCGCAAGCUCCACGAGGACGAGAGAAAAAGCAUUAUCCAAAAGCAUGCCGAAAUCGCAAAUGGAUCAUUCCUCUGGGCCGAACUGCAGCUCCAUUCGGUUCAGCACGAGGACUCACCUUCUGCUAUCUUGAAAGCUUGCCAGGCAGCUCCCAAAAACCUCGAUGCGGCUCUUGAUCACCUAAUAGUGAGCCUGGACUCGAAACGUCCGGAGACAAAGCAGGUUCUUUCCUGGAUCUUAGCUGCCGAACGUCCUUUGGCCUUGAAGGAAGUCAAGGCGCUGCUUGAAGUCGACUUGGAACGAUGUACAUAUCGUCCCUUUUCCGGGGAUGUGGAGAAGACUGUUGGAGAUGUUUGCGGUCCCUUGAUUGUUAUCCGCGAUGGCCUGGUCUGUCUUCGUCAUCCCAGCAUCCGCGAGAGGCUACUAUCAACGACCUCUGUUAGCAAUAAGACCGCGAAGCUCGUCAUUGACUUGAGGGAGGCUCACACAGAGCUCACCAUCCGCUCUAUGGCCUACGUCGGUAUACAUCUCCAGCACGAUGACGUCGACCCACACGCUGAACUCUUCGAUGUAAUCGAGAUGGCAGAAGAGUUUUCGAGACAUCAGCUUUUCGAAUAUGCUGCACGUUACUGGCUCAACCACUUCCGCUCGUCGUCCUUGUAUGACAAGUCGGCCGACAAGAUGCACCUAUCGACGGCAUUCAAGAUGUCCUUUCCGAAUUCAGUUUGUCUCGCACUCGUCGAAGGGACAUGCCUCGCUCGUCAGUACAUUGCUUGCGAAGCGGAGAAGCUCCAGAACCUUGCCUACAAAAUCCGGACGGCCUUGUUUGGCGAGCAUUCGGCUGCAGUUCUGCAAAGCUUGCUCCUCGAGUUGCGACUCGGGCGGAAGUUCAAGGAUGCGCACACUCUUUCGCGCUACUCCUACGAUGCAUGGCGGAUCAGCCGUCAUAGCUGCUCACUGGUCGUAGCACAAGCCCUCGCCGUCGCCUUCGUUGAGUACUCCUCCAGCCUUGAGAUCUCCGAGCACGAGGAGUUCCGAGCUCAGAGGGAAGAAGUCCUCGAAUACCUUGUGGAGGUCUUCAGGCACGCUAGCGACGAGUCGAUGGAGAUCCACUACGCAACCAUUCUCGCUCAAUUCUACAUCGAGAUAGGCUGUGUCGAAAAGGCCGUCGUGAUCUACCGCCGACUGUAUCGUCUUCGCCUCAAAGUCUGUGGACACCUUCAUGAAGAGACCCGCUCGCUCUUUGAGAUCCUCGUCGUACAUCUGAAACAGCUCUCUCUAUGCAAAGAAGUCCUGGAGCUCUAUCUGGAGUACCACAGGCACUGUGAGCACACUUUGGUCAUCACAGAUGAACGCCGAAUCAAGUCCACCAUCGGAAUUAUCCAGAUCUACGAAGAGCGACAAGAAUUUUUCAAGGCGGAAGCGACUCUGGUGCGGUUCUGGAAGUCUGUCUCUGUCGCAAUGGCAUCCGCCCGUAUCACGGAGCUGAAGAUCGAUUUUGCUCUGAAGUACUCCGAGUUCCUCUAUCGUCAGUCGCGUAAGGAGGAGUCGGAGGUCAUUCUUCGCGGCGUAUGGUCUGAGAUCCAAUGCUACAGUUACGAGUCUCGAUUUGAAUCGGCCAUGAUAAAACGCGUCCAGAAGAUUGCGAAAUACUUCGAGCGGUUGGAGAGCUUCAGCAUGUCGCGCUCGAUCUAUCAAUCUCUAUACGAGCACUAUGAGAGUCAGGAACAACGUACGUCUACAGAAUGCAUCACAAUUGUCAAGAGCCUCGCCGAGACCAUAACCAAAUCUCACUACUACUCGAAGACGACCUCCACCUCCACCAGCACUUCUACUACUUCAACGACCACGAUCGAGUAUAAGGAGGAGAAGACCCUUAUGGAAGUGUUCGAAUCAUGCAUGCAGUCUACCGAGAUCUCGUCUACGACUAUCUCGAUCUGCCAAGCCUUCUGCUCCACUUAUAUGCACGAGGAGCGCUACGAGGAGGCUUGCGAGAUCUACGGCAGGGUCAUCAGUAAAGUCUGGGCAUCUAUCGAGCGCAUAGAAAUCACAGAGAUCCCUGAGCACCUCACCGAAGAGAUAUUUGAGCUGGCAUUCUCCUUCGCAGUUUGUCAUUUCAAGCUCCUGCACAUCGAAACCGCCCAGACCAUCUACUUCAACCUGUUUCGUGCUCUUAUCUGCACAAGGCACGUUGAGAACAAGCACUUCUUACUUUGCAAAAUCAAGCUCAUCAUAGAGUUUUUUGAGGAGAUCUAUAAGUUCGAGCGGGUUAUCGAAAUCUACCGGGAACUGUUCGUGUGGAUGCCGAUUUGCUUUGGCAAGACCGAUUUCGAAACGAUCACGAUCCUCAUGUCGUUCGCUCGUAUCUGCGUUCGCAUGAAGCUGUACCACGAAGCUGUCACCGCCUGCUUCCACAUCUACUCCUGCUUCCACAUUGCCCAUGGCUGUCUCCAUCGCGAUGGUUUUGAGGCCACGGUUCUGCUCUGCGAGCUUUAUGAGAUCCAGUGCAAGUGGGAGAUGGCCGGAGAGGUAUAUGGCUUCCUUUGGAGGACUUUUGUCCGUUUUGGUGCGGAGUACCAGCUAGACGUCGAGAUCAUCUCCAGGAUUUAUGAACGGUACAUGUUCAUCCUGGAGCAUAAGGAGAUGGCGGAGUACAGCUUGCUCCUUCAGGUCUCGCAAGAGUAUUAUCAAUGUACUCUGAGGUACUUCCGGAACCACCAUGAACACACCAUCAAGGCGACAAUGGCAUAUGCGCACAUAUGCGAACGACGAGAAGAGCACCGAGAACUGAGCAUCGGAUUAUACCAAAAGGUGAUCGAAUUCUGCAAAGAGACAAAGUCCGAGUUCAGCAGCACUACGCUACACACGUGCAAUACUCGGGUCGCCGCGAUGUAUGCUUUCAGCACGAAAGGGAUUAAGAAGGCAGUUUCAAUUUACCGCGAACAAUUCGAGAGCUCUUCGAAGACCGAGAGGACCUCCAGCGAAACCAUCACGGUGUUGCGCAGCCUGGUAUCCACGUAUAAGAAAGAGAGUACUUCCGAGUCGAUCACGAAUGCGAGCGAAACGCUCAAAAGCCAUGCUUUUGAGAUCUUCAAGCACGAGAGUCGUUCAUCGGAGCUUAUUGAGUCCGCUAGGAGCAUGGCCGAGAUCUAUAAAGAAAGUUGCCUCACGGAACAAGCUGAGACCCUCAUCCAGGAGAUGAGGAGCAAGUUGGUGGAACAAGUGAAGACCUCCGUCACUUCCCAUACGCAUUGCGAAACAAAUUCGUACGUCUUCCUGGCAUCUUUUCGAGAGUGUAUGUCGGAGGUCGCCUCCUUCUCUUCCGCCGUCGCCGAGCUCAGAACUGAGAUGAUGCUCUACGAGUCGUAUUUCAAGGCCACCAAUACUCAGACGGAUUACAGCUUGAUCGUUAAGUCUGGCUGUGAGCUCUAUUUCCACCUUGAGAAGAAGGCAGAGUGCCGAUCCGAGUUCGUCAAGGUGGAGAAGGAGCUCAUCGAAUACUUCCGAAAGUACAUCCACCUCUCCCGCACUAUCAAGGAGAGUGUUUGGAAUUUGUUCUUUCGUCUCUACCUCAAGCAUACUAGCGAGGCCCACUAUGAGAACGUCGUCAUCAAGCAAGCCACGGCCACUGUCCUCAACUACACCAGGACAGGCAAGUUUGGCGAGGCAUACGAGCUGGUUCUUCUCGUCGAUCGUUUUAUUCAUUUGAAUGGCGGCUUUCACUGCGAGUUCUAUAUCCGCACUGCAUUUGAUUUGGCAAAGUAUCUGGUCGGUGUUGGAACGAACAAGUCCGGAAAUGCUAAGCAGUACAAUGCCAUGAUUGACCUCUCACGGGUCAUCCUACAGGAGGCUCUCGUGGGCUUGGACAAGGUCGACAUCGAUCUUUGCGAGCUACGGCAACUCCUGGUAGAUGUCGUCAGCGAGUUAAGUCAUCAGAAGAAGUACCAGGAUCUUGAGCGCAUCCUGCAAACACUCUGGCAUACACGCACGAUCCGCAACAACAUCUCCUCCUCCCCGCUUGUCCUCUAUCUCGGCCGCAGCCUCAUCCAAACCUUCGCCUGCCUCAAUAAGUUCUCCGACGCGAUCCAUCUCUGCCACCACAUCCGAUACAAUCUAGCGUACAUCCGCGGCACAAUUGAUAGGUCCACCCUCGAAUUCACCGUGCUCCUUUCCGCACUCUACACUGAGCAGAAGCGCUACCGCGACGUCAUGGAACUCCACGACGACAUCCUCUGCCGCCUGGGCAGGGCAGAGUCCGCACCCGGCCUCGAUGCCCUCCACGUCGCGCACACGCACACGGAGCUCUUGGAGAUGGCAUUCAAAAGGCACGGCAAACUAGACAAGGAUCCUCAGCACUACCAUGACGUUUUCAGCACGCUCGACGAGCGCUUUGGCGAUGAGAAGGCGUGGAAGGAGAAGAGGCCACAGCUGGAUAAGUGGACGCCGGGCGUCAAGGAAGGCCAGACGAUGGGGUGCUGGUUCAGGCCUGCGCGGUUCGAGUGGGAUGUUGAGGGUGAGGAGAGUGUCUGGGAGCAGAAGUGGAGGGAGGAGUUGGUGACGAGGAGGGUUAGCGGGAAGGUGUGGCAUAGUGGAGAGAGGAAUGGAGAGAAUAGGUCUAACGGUUUCACGAACGGACAUGGGAAUGGGUAUGUGCACGCCAAUGCCAGUGCCAGUGCCAAUGGUAAUGGUAUUGGUAAUGGCAUGGACUUGGAUCCGACCAAGCCGAAGGAUGGCCGCAUCCCGCGCUCAGUGGCAUAGGGGCUUCGUUGCCUCGGACAUUCCUUUAUCGUCUGGUGCGGGUUUCGGAACCUUUUCAGCUUAUUACUCCCUCGAUUGUACUUGUACUUUCCUUCAUCUCUCUUCUUCAUCUCAAGGAAACUGCGGCUUUCACUCCUUCGAGCCCAUUAACCCCACCACACCUUUUCUCUCUCGCCGCG